GAAUUGAAUUUGAUCUUGCUUAAUGCCUCGUGGGUAGAAUUACAAAUAAUAAAAUAAAUAAUUAAUGUGUUUUAUUUAAAACAUCCAUCAUCUUCCAUUUCCCUCCCCAUCAACAAAAAUUGGAGAAAAGGGUUAGAGAGAAUGAGAUGAGUAACUUAAACUCAGUGUUCUACGCUGACUCAUAUCAUCCCAUCCAAGCCGGAAGCAUCGACGCCACCGAUGUCCUUCCACACGACAACGCUAUAUAUAGGGCUCAUCUCUGCAACUCUGCUGCUCUAUAUGACCCCUUCGGUGAUCCCAAGCUCAUCGGAGACCCUUACUGCACUCUCUUUGUUGCUCGCCUCAAUCACCAGACCACCGAACAUACUCUUCGCAAGGCUAUGAGCAAGUAUGGCCGGGUCAAGAAUUUACGUUUAGUUAGGCACAUUGUAACAGGUGCUUCACGUGGUUAUGCUUUUGUUGAGUUUGAAACAGAAAGAGAUAUGCGGCGUGCAUUCAAGGAUGCUCAACAUUCGAUUAUUGAUGAUUCUGAAAUUAUAGUUGAUUACAACAGACAGCAGUUGAUGCCAGGCUGGAUCCCGCGAAGGUUAGGAGGGGGACUUGGUGGUAAGAAGGAAUCAGGACAACUUCGUUUUGGAGGACGAGAGAGACCAUUUCGUGCUCCCCUGCGACCAAUCCCGUAUGAUGAUUUAAAAAAACUGGGUAUUCCACCUCCACCAGAAGGAAAAUACAUGUCACGGUAUCAGGUCCCAUCUCCACCUAGAAGAGAAAGGAACAUAGCUGACAGAGAAGAAGUAUCUCAUAGGAGUAGGUCCCAAGAUAGGGAUGGACAACUUAGCAGAAGCAGUCCUGUGAAAAGGGAAGAACAAUAUCAUAAGAGGAGAUCUACAGACCGGGAAAAGCGCUCUCGUAGGGUUCCUGAGGAGAAAGGCAAAGAAUAUGCUGAAAGGACAUCUAUGGACAAGCUUGAUUAUUCCUCGCAUUCUGUAGAGAGGGAGGAAGACCAUUAUAAUAGGAAAUCUGUAGAUAAAGAAGAUGGUUCUCACAAGAGAAACUACAAGAAUAGGGAGGAACAACGCUCUCACAAACGACACAAAUCCCACCGGAGUGAGAGGUCUACUGGUUCAUAAACUGCACCCAUCAGAGAUGAUUGUUGAGGCUAUUGAAGUGCAAAGUGAGACAUGGGGGAUGAUGCUAUUGGAUAAAGUUGAACGACGUUUGCUGGGAGCUGGCAGCACCAAAAACUGGUGAUUGCAGUCUACGAGUAGAAGCGAACAUCACAGAGUUGAUUGGAAACAAUUAUUUAGUAAGACCAUAUUGGAAGUGGAUCGGUCUCAAAGUUGAUGAAAUUCUAUAAGAUUUCCGUGUUUAUUUUGGCGAAAAUGCUUUACAGAACCUGGUUGGUUCUUUGUGGAGCAGGUAUUGUUGCUAGUUUGUACAACCUUAAAGUGUUUGAAGGUCUUUUUGGAAGAAUAGGAACUAGUUUGCUUCUAAUGAAUUUAUCGAAGUUUUAGCUUAUUCAGUGGCCUUCUGUCUGUAUUACUAUUUGAUAGUGUUCGUCAAUAAAUUGUUGAAGGCUUUAGUUAGAGUUGAAGAUCAAAUCUUGGGGAAAACAAAUCAGUAAAAGUUCAUGAUAUGUUCAUCUAUUUUAUAAAAUAAAGGUAGGAGAUUAUGAUUCCUCCAUACAUUUUAACAAAAUAAAGAUAAAAUUUUCCUAAA